AUGGCUGGAUGUACUUUCACUGAGAAAGUCAUUAAGUCAGACGGUCAAUCGAUUGCGGCACAUGGUAGAAAUGUGUUGAUAAGUGCAUAUUUUCUCAAUGAAGUACAUCCAUCCUUCCACACUGAAGGUGUUGUUUUUCCUUUAUUACAUGGAAGUACAUCUACUCUUCCUUUCAUACGGCCUCAUGGAUUUGUAGAACAAUCCAUUAAAGGAUUCAACAAUCAUAUCAAGGAAAUAAUGAGAGAUAAUAAUGGUGAAGCGGAUCUUCUUUAA